AUGGCUGGGAGACUCGCCACCUUCCUCAAGGAUGCCUGGGCCAAGGAGCAGGUGCUGGUCGUGUCCUUCACCAUCAGGGGCCUCGCUCUAAUUCUGCCCACCCUCAGCCCCUUCAAAUAUGCCGGCAUGAUCAACCAGGCCACGCCCUACAACUAUCCAGUACCUCUCGGAGAUGAUGGGAACGUGCCCGACGUGCCCAGCCACGCCCAGGACCCCCAGGGCCCAAGCUUGGAGUGGCUGGGGAACUUGUGA